AUGACUUGGACGGAGGCUUGGAGAAUUGCCUCCAUCCAAGUGGACGGAGGCAUAAUGUUAACUCCCAUGGCAUUUUCAUCAGAGUUUCCUUCAAAAAAUGCAACUCUUCUUCUAAAAUUUGCUUCCAAUUCGGCACAUAUUACGACUGGCAUAAUUCAAAUAAGGAAUUUGACAGUCAAUGGCAAUGGAACAGACCAAUCUUUUAGCAAGAGCCAGAAUUUCAAUAUUGUUCUUUCAUUUGGCUUGUCACAAGGCGCCAAUGGUUCUGCUAACUUGGAAUCACAGGUUAGCCUACUUCCAGGGAAGGCUGUUUCUGCGACUUCUAGGGGUUGGUUCGAUUUCAUAUUCUUCUGGGUCCUUAUUCUCUCCAUGAGCUUCAAAAUUGGGACCUAUAUCUGUGCCGGGUGA